AUGGCUCGAAGAGUUUUGGUAUUUGUUUAUGGAACACUGAAACGUGGUGAACCAAAUGCAUCAAUUAUGGCAGAUUUGGUAACCGGAAUGCAAAGAUUCAUAGGAACCGGUAAAACAGUGAAUGCAUAUCCUCUGAUUAUUGCUUCUGAAUACAAUAUACCUUUUUGUUUGGACAAACCUGGAAUUGGAAAUCGUAUAAGUGGCGAAUUAUAUGAAGUUGAUGAGCAAAAACUAGAGGUACUUGAUGAAUUCGAAGGACAUCCAACUUUCUACCGAAGACAACCACAACAGUUCCAAUUAUAUGAAGCUGAUGAGCAAAAACUAGAGGUACUUGAUGAAUUCGAAGGACAUCCAACUUUCUACCGAAGACAACCACAACAGGUUGAAAUGGAUCAUAAUGGUACCACCGUAACAGCAUGGAUAUAUAUGUUACCCAAAUGGACACCAAAUUUACUUCAAAGUUCUAGUAAUUACUUGGAAACAUACAAUUCUAAUGGUCCUCACAAUCGGCCAUAUAUUCAAGGAGAAAACUGCCAAUGUUUGGACGAUUUAUGA